AUGUUCUUAUAUGCUUGGGCUACAAUCGAAAGACAUAUUCUUAUCUUUCAUAAUGGUUUAAUGUCUACACGAACGAAAGUUAUCUUCGUUCAUUAUCUUCCACCAAUUAUAAUAAUUGUUUAUUGUCUAGUUUAUUAUACGACGAUAUUUUUUGUUGUCGAAUGUGAGAAUAAUUUCGAUAGUACAGUUAUACCAAGUUUCUAUCCUUGUGCUUCUGAAAACAAUGCACUAUAUCUAUAUGAAACAACAGUUAAUGCAGUCACAUUUACUUUUAUUGUUGUUAUUUCCAGUGUUUUUUUCUUAAUACGUGUUUUAUGGCAAAAAUAUCGUAUGCAUCAACAAUUUCAAUGGCGACGAUAUCGAUUCAUGAUAAUUCAUAUAUUAUCCAUCUCUUCGAUCUAUUUGCUAUUUCUAUUUCCUUAUAUGAUUGUAACUAUUCUUAAUCUAUGUGGACUAUCAUCUGCUAUAAUUAACAUAUUUUUAACAUAUAUACCGUUCCUUCCCUAUUACACGUUACUUCUUUUUCCGAUAAUUAUUAUUGGAUCUUUACCAGAAUUAUCAGAAAAAAUCAAGGAAAUUUUACAAUAUCGAAGACAAAGACGUACUGUUGCUCCAGUGGCAUUGAUGACGACACGGGGACAAAAAAUCGCGACAUUGUUUCAUGAAAUACUAUUACACAGCGAUGAAUAUCAUUGUUAG